AUGCGUUCAACUUGCUCACUCUCUGCGGACCUACCUGACCUUGUCGGCGCCAUUGUUGACGACGGUUUCUUUCGCUUAACCGAGCUCCUCGACAUCGGGAGGUUCUCCAGAGUCUAUAAGGCUGUAUCAAUCACCGAUCCCGACCUGCCACCAUGCGCCAUCAAGUGCAUGCGCCGAGUCGAUUCUGACGCCGAGAGAUUCGAGGAGUUGCGAAGCGAGAUUUAUUUACAUGCCCGUGUUGCCGACCUGCCUGGUGUCGCAUCUUUCUCUCGUGUUUUCACCGAGGCACCUGGUACCAACGACGAGCUCGUUUUUCUGGUGCUCGAGUUUGUCCCAACAAAUUUCGAGCGUCUAAUCCUCGAUAUCAACCACUUCUCCGACCGAUUCAUGGUCAUCAACCGCUCUUUCUGCGAACUUCUUGACGCAAUUGAGGCCUGUCACUCCGCGCAAGUCUUUCACUGUGAUAUCCGCCCGGCAAAUGUCCUAUGUGACACAAACGGCCUCAAUAUCCGACUGACUGACUUUGGUCUUGCCACGGAGGAGCCAAACGCAUGUCUUGGUCGAGGAGAGGCUGCCUAUCUGACUCCUGAGGCGACCAGCGGACUGGCUCUGUCCCACUCCGCUCAGGGUGCUGACCUGUGGGCUCUUGCAGUUCUUCUCUUUGUUCUCAUCACCGGAGAAGUGCCCUGGACUCGUGCACACAUGGACGACCCCCGCUACGCAGCUUUUCGUGUCGACCCUGACACCUUUCUUCAGGACGAGCAUCUGCUGUCGCCUGUCGCAGCGAGUUUCUUUAGAAGGUGUUUCUCCAUUUCGCCCAUUCUCCGCCCAUCCCUAGCCUGCAUGCGUGAAAUGGUGCUGCCCAUCGAAGUUUUCUCCAUUGCUUCCAUGGUCGGGCCACAGUCUUCGGCAGAUGUUGUCCUUGCGGCAUUGGGGAUGACCAAGAGCUGCGAUUCUUCGUCUCUCCCACCAUCACUCAUACGCAAGACCGUCCCUCGCCAGUUGCUGCCCUCACUUGGGCAAGCUUUGGAGAGUUUACCGGAGAUAGAGGUCUCAACUCCGCACACAGCCUCGCCCCUGCUGCCGCCUCUUCGUACUCGUGACAUUUAUGCAUCUGCUUCCUUGGAGGCGCUUCGGCGAUCUGUCGAUCCCCAGCCCGCAACGCCGUUGUUGCCCCUUCUCGACUCGCGAGUAUUCAUCUGGCCAACGCCCGGACCAAAAUUUACUACGACCCCGCGACUUCCUUCGCCUCCACCCGACACAGUCGUGCCUUCAUCGUUUUUCUCCCAACUAGUUGGUCUGGAGUCCAUCCCGUCGCUUCCCAAUACCGACUCGUUGCCUCCGCUGGCUGAGCUCCUGCGGGACUUCUCGGACGAUCCGCCCUCGGUGCUUCCCAACACGGACGGAUUCCCUUCUCUUGCCGAUCUCUUGUCGGAAUCCUCGGAAUCUGACUCAGAUGACGUGUCGUCGUCGGCUUCUACGGACCUGACGUCACCGGAGAGCACGCCCCCCUCGUCCCUCCCGGCCACCCACGCUGCCUCUAAGCAGUCGCUCCCGCCUCUCACCAUUCCACCGCCGCUCAAGCACGUGUUACUCACCGACCCCUCUGGAGGCCAACGGUAUUGCGCAUCGGGAUGGGCGCAGGACUCCCAACGCCGCGAUUAG